AUGCCAAAGAAACACAAACCCUCAGCGGCGGUCAUUCAAUGGUGUUCGGAUGAACUUCAUGAUUUGAUGGGAUUUACCGACUCGGCUCUGGCCAAUUACUUGGCACACGUUGCCUCGUCGGCCAAAUCUGUGAGGGAUAUUCAAACCGUCUUGGAGCAAGGCGACAUCCAAGCAUCCCAGGACAAACAAUUGCGGUUUUGCAAGGACUUGUAUGCCAAGUGCAGUCGGAGUAGUAGCAGUCUGCCAGCCGCUUCUAAGAGCAGGAGUAUAAGUAGCACUACUACUGCUACUACUACUGCUACUACCAAAUUAACCAAUGCGGAUUGGGUUCGAAAGGCGAGCCAAUACGACUUGGUCGACGAUGACGACGAUGAUGAUUUGGACACUACCAAAAAGCAAAAAAAGAGCAAAAAGAAGCGAGAGAGUAGUAAAUCGACUACUUCUACUAGCAAGAAGGAACGACUCAAGGAAAAGAAACGUCGGCGGCGGACCUAUGAAAAUGAUAGUAACGCCAGCAGUAGUAGUGAAGAAGAACGCAUGCCACGGGGCAAAUCCACGCGUCGCAGCAAGGAGGAAUCAACGUCGGAAUCAAAAAAGGAUACCUUGACCGAAGCCGAACGGGCCGAAUUGGAACGAGAAAAGGAUUUGCGAGAGCGGGACGAAUUUGUCCAGCGCAUGUUGAAUAAGGACAAGUCCAAAACCAAACAAAAGGUCAAGGAAGGCGAAGACAAUACAGAUGCGGCUGCAGAAUCCAAAGCGGCCGCACAGGAACGAAUGGACAAGGAGCGGCGGUUGGCGAAAGGAGAAACCAUUGUGGAAGAAGAUGGUACCACACUGACUCUGGAACGAUUACGAGAAGAGUCAAGACGACAAUACCUCAAGGCGCGACAGGAACGAGAGGUGACUCUUCUCAAACAAUCUUUGGAAGAUGAAGAAGAACUCUUUCGAGAUCAAAAAAUUUCCGAGACUGAAAAAAAGAGGAUUGAAUUGGGCCGGAAAAUUAUCAAAAUGGUGCAAAAGAAUGAAAAUGAAGAGGAAGAAGACGUGCAAGAUGGUUUCUAUCGAUUGCCAGACGAAUACGACGAAAAUCAAACAAAGAGCAAGCAGAAUCAGGCUCUUCUUUCUUCUCGCUACAGGGAGACCAAAGAAGAAAAGUCCGAACAAGAACUCUGGGAGGAAUCGCAAACCCAAAAAGCGGCUGGCCGAAAGAAGAAACCCAAAAAGGAUGAGAACGAAAAAGAAUACGACCUAGUGUUUGACGAUCAAAUUGAUUUUGUUAUGCAAGAAACUACAAAGGGAUACGACAAGCGCGGAAAAGGGAAAUUGUCUCCUGAAAUAGGAAAAGAACUAGCUGUUGUCAAAAAGGAACAAGAAGCACUCGUCUUGACCGAACACGAAAAGAUUCUGGAGGGGCGCAGGAAGCUGCCAGUGUUUCCCUACCGCGAAGAAUUCUUGGCGGCUGUCAAGGAUCAACAAAUCCUAGUGCUAGUGGGAGAGACAGGAUCGGGAAAAACAACUCAGAUACCACAGUACCUACAUGAGAUUGGAUAUUCGGAACUUGGCAAGAUUGGAUGUACACAACCUCGACGUGUCGCCGCCAUGAGUGUGGCUGCUCGCGUGGCACAAGAAAUGGAUGUCCGGCUGGGGCACGAAGUUGGGUAUUCCAUUCGAUUUGAAAACUGCACCAGCAAAUCUACAUUGAUUCAGUACAUGACGGACGGUAUGUUGCUACGAGAAAUCUUGACGGAACCUGACCUUGCGAGUUAUAGUUGCAUGGUCAUUGAUGAAGCUCACGAAAGAACACUUCACAGUGAUAUUUUGUUUGGACUUGUCAAGGAUAUUGUCCGAUUUCGAAAGGAUUUGAAACUGAUUAUCAGUAGUGCAACAAUGGAUGCCGAGAAGUUUUCAAAAUACUUUGACGAUGCCAGUAUCUUUAUGAUCCCAGGUAGAAUGUUCCCAGUCGAUAUUUUCUACACAAAGUCACCAGAAGCUGACUACGUCGAUGCAGCAGUUGUGACUUGCUUGCAGAUUCAUGUUUCACAGCCGCUAAAUGGUGAUAUUCUUGUCUUCUUGACAGGACAAGAGGAAAUUGAGACAGCAAGUGAGAUAUUGACCCAAAGAACCCGAAAUCUUGGUUCUCGCAUCAAGGAAUUGAUGAUCUGUCCAGUGUAUGCCAACCUGCCAUCCGAACAGCAAGCAAAGAUUUUUGAAAAGACCCCCAAAGGCGCUCGAAAAGUGGUGCUGGCAACCAAUAUCGCAGAAACAAGUCUUACUAUCAAUGGUAUUUGCUACGUGAUUGACACUGGUUUCAACAAGCAGAAAUCCUUCAAUGCCAAAACAGGAAUGGAAUCGCUUGUGGUAACACCAGUGAGCCAGGCUGCCGCUAACCAAAGAGCUGGUAGAGCUGGACGAACCCAACCUGGAAAGUGCUUCCGUCUCUUUACGGCAUGGUCGUUUCAACAUGAACUCGAACCGAAUACCAUCCCUGAGAUUCUCCGAACAAAUCUUGGAAAUGUUGUGCUGAUGCUGAAAAGUCUGGGAAUCAACGAUCUGCUUCACUUUGAUUUCAUGGAUCGCCCACCAGCAGAUGCCUUGAUCCGGGCCCUUGAACAAUUGUACGCUCUUGGUGCUUUGAAUGACCACGGAGAGUUGACAAAGCUCGGAAGAAGAAUGGCAGAAUUCCCAUUGGAGCCGAUGCUUAGCAAGGCUGUCAUUGUUUCUGAGAAGUAUGAAUGUGUUUCUGAAGUCCUUUCCACAGUCUCGAUGCUGUCACUAGGAGCAUCGGUCUUCUAUCGUCCGAAAGACAAGGCGAUCCAUGCUGACACUGCAAGAUUGAAUUUCGCACGAGGUGGAGGCGGUGACCACAUUUCGUUGCUUCGAUGCUAUUCAGAAUGGGCGGCGACGGACUACAACAAUGGGUGGUGCAUUGAGAACUUUGUUCAAGUGAAAAGCAUUCGACGGGCUCGGGAUAUUCGGGAGCAACUUGAAGGGCUGUGCGAACGAGUUGAGAUUGACCACAAGGUAUCCAAACCAGAUGAUCUUGAUGCUAUAUUGAAAGCAAUUACUGCUGGCUUCUUUUAUAACGUUGCGCGCCUGGGAAGAACAGGGGAUUAUCGAACGGUGAAACAGCACAAGACUGUUUUCAUUCACCCCAGUAGCGUACUCGCGAAAGAAGAGCAGCCUCCUCCAUGGCUCCUGUAUUUUGAAUUGGCGUUUACAACUAAGGAAUUCAUGAGACAAGUGGCACCAAUCAAGCCAGAAUGGCUAGUUGAAAUCGCCCCGCACUACUAUCAGCAAAGUGAUGUUGAAGAUUCCAACACCAAGAAAAUGCCCAAGAUGCGAAAAAACAGGCGAUAA